UGGAAUAGUGUUUGUCAAUUGUUCGGACGAGCUAUUGUCAGUCUCCGAGCUCGUGAGGCAGAAGAGAUAUGGUGGCCACUAGACUGUAGAGAAGAUGCGAGUGGAAUCGCAUGGGCUUCGAUGCUGUGAUCUCUCUCCCUCAUGGCGCUGAGGCACACCCGGAGAAAUCGACUUCUGCUAUACGUCACAAUUCUAUUUGGACUCUAUGUCGGGUUCGUGAGUAUUGCUUCCAGGCGGAUAAGCUCGACCAGACCGUGGGACGAGCCAAACGAAUACUCACCAAGUGAAGUUGUUUACGAAGCACGGGCUGACAAUGGUAAACACAGUCCUGAUAGCGCCAUGGCCGGUCGAAGCCCUGGAAAUGCGAGUACGAGUCGAAGUGACACUUUCACCCAUGGAACUAUCGCAAUCAGUAACAGUCUAGUAAAUUCUCCUGGCGUGGCGCAGCAGACGGAGAGAGCAGUAGCUGGCACUUCUCGAGCACUAGCUACCUCUAAGGAAGUGGUCGGAAGUACCCGUGGUGUUUUAGCCCAAUCCCAGACAUCCCCUCCUAGCCAGGAUGCCACUCUCUUGGAGACCUAUAGUGUGAGCAAGUUGGAAGAGUAUGUGAGGAACAACAAUGAGGCUCAGACAAUCUACAACGAGCAGCGAUUCCCAAUAUCGCCGGAAGAUCGCAAGGCCCAACUUGUGGUAGUGAUACAGGUUCAUGAUCGGUACCGCUUUCUCCGUCAUACGUUGGAAAACCUGGGCAAAGCACGCAAUGUGGAAUCCAUUCUUCUCGUCAUUUCUGCCGAUUACGUCAGCAGCGAGCUCGUCAGUAUAGUCCAGGGAGUGCUGUUCUGCCAGGCAAUGCUCGUGCUGUCCCCGCACACCAUUCAGCUUCACCCGUCCUCGUUUCCGGGAACCGACCCAAAGGACUGUCCAGCACGCAUAACUCGUGACCAGGCUGUGAACAGCGGCUGUUUAAACGCCCAACACCCGGACAUGUACGGCCACUAUCGCGAGGCUGCCUUCAGUGCCAUCAAGCUGCACUGGUGGUGGAAAGCUUCGUUUGUCUUUGACAAGAUCCGUGCGCUACACGAUCACACCGGAUGGGUACUCAUGCUGGAGGAAGAUCAUCUUGUCUCGCCCGACUUUGUUGUGGUUAUUGGUCUGCUUGAUACCUUAGUUCGCAAGGAAAGACCGUAUGUGGACGUGAUCAAUAUUGGUCGUCAGAAGCCAACCGGUCUCUUCCCGGGAAAUGGUUUUACCGAGGAGGAUUGGUUUUCCGUCUUCAACAACAUGGGAUUCGCCCUGCGUAAGCCAGCCUGGGAGACUCUUCGGAACUGCAGCAAGACAUUCUGUGACUACGAUGAUUACAACUGGGACUGGACUUUUCAGAUGACACCCUGGCUUUGCAAACAGUACAAAUGGAAAACUUUAGCAAUGGUCAUGCCACGUGUAUACCAUAUUGGAACCUGUGGCAUACAUCAGAAGAAAGGGCAGUGCAAGCCAGACGAGGAGUCUGCAAAGGUGCUCAACAUCUUCAAGACACGCUCCACCGAGCUGUUUCCCACGCGGCUGGAGUGGUCCGGGAGCACUCGACAGCGCACGAUCACACCGAAGAAGCCGAAUGGCGGGUGGGGUGACGUUCGUGACCACAACCUGUGCAUGUCUAUCGUCAGCUAACAGUGCGUGGCGCCGUCUGAUGUGCUUCUCUCUGGCUGGGAGUCUGAGUGUGCUCACAAUUCACCGUUGUUCCGUCGCCUAUGCGCACGAGCAGCCGUGUGUUUCUUGUACCCGGGCAUGGCCCAGUGGCCCCUAGCGUUGUGUUUGUCAACGUCACUCUGAUCCGUCACCGCUGUGCCCUUGCCGUCAUCGUUGUCGCUGUCACCGCUGCCACUGCUAGUCUGCGUGACUGCGUGCAUCCAUGCUGGUAUGCUGUACGUGUUCUGCUACUGCAGGCCUCCCUCUCCUAGUGCAUUGCCUCCCUGUCCUAGUGCAAUGCCUCCCUGUCCUAGUGCAGGUCCUCUGUGUCCUCGUGCCUUGGCUCCCUGUCCCAGUGCAGUGGCUCCUUGUCCACUCCUAGCGUGGCGUGUUCCCAGCUGAGUCAAGAGGCGCUGACGUCACUCUUCGUUGAUUGCCACAGCGUAGAGGCUCUGAGGCGUUGUCAGUGGACAGCUUUCCUGGUUGUGCACCGUGUUGCUCUACCUUCCUGCAGGUGACAGUGUUUGUAUGUUUGUCUCGCAGCGGCUUGACUACAUGCUGACCUACGUUUACAGCGCUGCUGCUGUUGGCGUGUAACACUAUGAUGCCAGCAUCGCUGUGAGCCGACGGUUACUGCCAUCCGCUGCCCAUCUCACAUCCCUCCGCAAAAUCACCUCCACUGUGAGCAGGCUGGAUUUCUUCGUCAUGUGUUCUGCUCGUGGUGGGGUGAUGAUGUCAUCGUAUUACGUCAUACUUUAUCGUCUUCCGUCUGGACCUAGCAUAUCAAGUAUUCUAUCCGCAAGCAGCCUUCGUCACGUGUUCCGCUCCUGGUGUUGGUGAUGAUGUCAUCACAUUACAUCAUACUUUAUCGUCUUCCGUCUGGACCUAAAAAAAAUCACGGUUCGCGUGAGACUCGGCUGGAAGCCCAGUUUUCCGCAUCCGUCAUGGGAACGCCACCAUCCGUCUGGACCUAGCAUAUCAAGUAUUCUAUCUGCAAGCAUUGCCAAGCAGCCUUCGUCACGUAUUCUGCUCCUGGUGUUUGGUGAUGAUGUCAUCGUAUUACAUCAUACUUUAUCGUCUUCCGUCUGGACCUAGCAUAUCAAGUAUUCUAUCUGCAAGCAGCCUUCGUCACGUGUUCUGCUCCUGGUGUUGGUGAUGAUGUAAUCACAUUACAUCAUACUUUAUCGUCUUCUGUCUGGACCUAGCCGCUAUGGUAUCAAGUAGCCUAGUUGUGCUGCUGGUAAUAGUAUGGUCUCUAUCUCCGCUGCUGCUGCUGGACAUUAGCCCCUAAACGAUGCGUGAUGUCAUCAUGUAGUAGCAUAUGACAUCACUCGUGUUAGUGCCAUGACGUAAUGUGCUGACAGCGACACAAGCUAGCAGGUGGCGGCUUUUUGACUGGCACACUCGCCCUCCUGGCAUAGCCUAUAGCCAGUAUAGGAUAUAGAGGUAGUUACAUGUAGAUUGUGUCGGGCGUAUUGUGCGUGCGCGUGUGUGUGUGUUUGAUUUGCUACCUUUCUUUCUCCUGUUAGUGUGUGUGUGUGUAUGUGCGCGCGUGCGUGUGUGUGUGUGUGUGUGUGUGUGCGUGCGUGCGUUUCUUAGCAGGGUUCUUGAUGUAUUCGGUGGUGCACGCUGGAACUUUUGUACUUGAUAAUACAUGUACCUACGAGUGUGGGCUGAUGGAGACCUCAACACUGAUACAGAAUUGCAAACAAAUUUUUUAAUUGUUUUCAGUUCUACUGAUUGUAUUUAUUUAAUUACAAUUACUACCACCGCUUCAAAUUUUUCCAAUUUUUUGACCACCGCUUCAACCAUACUCAUUUUAUAAAAAAAAGAACAAGUUAAUUGACUUCUUGCAACUGCAUCAUUUAACCAUGCUCCUCACCAAAUCUUUACUGAUCAUGUUUUUCUUCACAAUGGCGAAUGACUUGUCUUAUAAUGAAAAUAGAAGAAAUCCCAUGGAAACGAG